GAUCGGAAUAUUGCAAGUACGAAAGUCUAUUAGAUUUAUUUUUUUAUUGUGAUAAGAUGUUUUCAUAUUUGCAAAGGCAACGUGUCAACCUUCAGCUUUUACAAGAAUCAUCAUGUAGAGAAUUGGUGCAUUUACUAGAGAAAAUAGAGGGUAACAAGGCAAUUGUGUUAGAUGAUGCCUUACUAGGUCCUAUUGGCUUAAUAGCUUCACCAAGUCUCUUCUCAGAUAGAGGAAUUAAAUUAUUGAAAUUGGAUAAGGAAACUCGUUUCCCUAGAGAUGCAACGAAUAUCAUUUAUAUUAUUCGAACUCAAAUAAAACUUAUGGAUAUCAUAGUCAGUCAUGUGUUGCGCACUAAGGAAAAAGGUCGGCUAUUUCAUAUUUUCUUUGUGCCAAGACGUUCGUGUUUAUGUAUUAAACAUUUGGAAAAUAAGAACGUCUAUGGAAGUUUUGGACAAUUGGAAGAAUUACCUUGGAAUUUUUAUCCACUCGAUUUUGAUAUUUUGUCUAUGGAAAAUGCUACAACUUUUCGCGACAUCGCGGUUGAUGGUGAUCCUACAGUAUUGUAUCAGGCGGCCAUUGGCCUAGUGCAAUUGCAACGCAUUUAUGGGCGUAUACCGAAAAUUUACGGUAAGGGUAGCAUGUCGCAAGGCGUAUGGGAUCGAGCAAAACAAUUAGGAGCUGAAGAGAAAUUACUUUUCAAUGGCGAGAAAGGCAUUAUUGAUCAAAUAAUCCUGUUCGAUCGUUCCAUCGAUUUUUUAAGUACAUUUGCUACACAACUUACCUAUGAAGGACUUAUCGAUGAAUUUUAUGGCAUACGACACAAUCAAUUAACUUUACCAGCUGAAUUGUUCGCAAAUCGUGGUGAAGACGAUGUUUCCCCUGCACAUUUGACCGCGGAAAAGAAGACUAUUAUACUCAAUUCAGGAGAAAAAUUAUAUGCAGAAUUGCGCAAUAAAAAUUUCAACGAAGUAGGUAGAAUAUUAGCUCGCAACGCCAAAGAGAUUAGUGCUCAAAUGAAUGCCAGUACUCAAGACAAAUCGGUACAUGAUAUGAAAUUGUUGGUUGAUAAAUUGCCUGUUCUACUCGCUCAAAAGCAAUCAGUGGCCGUUCACACAACUAUUGGCGAAAUUAUACGGAAGCGUUUAGACGCUUAUGAAUUUACAGAUGAUCUGACAGCCGAACAAGAGUUCAUGAUGUGUGAAGAUAUCGAAAGGCCCAGUACUUAUAUAGAAGAUUUGAUGGCAAAAAAAUCUGAAUUGAAAAGUGUAUUAAGAUUAAUAUGCAUGCAAUGUGCAGCCGCUUCCGGUUUUAAAGAGAAGGUUUUGAAUUACUAUAAACGUGAGUUAGCUCAUGUGUAUGGUUUGGAAGUGCUCCUAAAAGUUAGCAAUUUGGAAAAAGCUGGCGUUUUAUAUACACAAAGCGAAUCCCGGGCUUAUGCAGUACUACGUAAAACGCUAAAUUUGACGGUUGACGACGCUGUGGAAAUCGAACCAAAAGAUAUUAGUUACGUUCACAGUUUCUAUGCUCCACUUACAGCACGUAUUGUAGAGCUUUCGUUGAAACCUCUAGGCUGGCAAUCAUUAAAAAGUCAAAUUAACAAUUUGCCUGGACCAACAUUUGAAGAUUUUCAAGCGCAACUAAUCGGCAUUGGCGGCCGUCAUACAUCAACGCCCAGCGAAGGUUCUUCUCUAAACAUUCCUCGUGUUGUCUUGGUAUUUUUUGUCGGUGGUUGCACUUUUGCCGAAAUCGCUGCUUUACGUUUUCUUGCUUGCCAAGAGGAUAACAAUGUCGAAUUUGUUAUAGCCACCACAAAAGUAAUUAAUAAGUAUACAUUUUUAGAUAAUUUAACGUAAAGUAACAUAAAAAGCCUUUACUCUUUCUAUAAUAUUUUUGUAUUUUAAGAUAAAUUUCAUUUAUAUAUA